CAUCAGUAUCGUACGCACGUUUCAGCCGGCCAGGUUGUGUGAAUUGGUUGCGAUACACCCGACGUAUGUGUUCCACCUGUCAACCAUGGCGAAGAUGAGUACUGAAACAGCGGAUUUUUUACUCAAAUACAUGUCCAAUACCUCUACGGGAGACAUAGACUGGAUGCGGGUCUCUAUGAUGGUGGCUGCAGACUUACUCAACGAGCAGUCGAAGCGGAAACGCAAACCCAUCCGACAGAUACUGAAACAACGGCGUCAGUUGAGCGAAUAUUUCACUCUGGUGCAGGAAAUGCGCUGUGAAGAUGACCGGUACUUCUUCGAGUACUUCCGAAUGUCUGUCGAAAGGUUUGAUCGUAUUCUGGCGCUGGUGGAGCUGCUGCUUCGGCCAAAAAGGGUCACCUGCAAUACGUUGUCAGCCGGCGGAAAACUGGCAUUCACGUUGAUGUACCUUGCACAUGGCUCCACCAUGUCGAUCAUCGCUAAGUCGUACCGCAUUGCUGACUCCACAGCCACCCAAGUAAUUAGGCAAACCUGCCGGGCCUUACGCCAUGUCCUGGAGCCUAUAUAUGUUUCUAGCCAUGCCAACAACAGCCCAGUGGAAGUAAAUAGCCAGGGGUUUUGAGGCACUGUGGCAAUUCCCUAAUUUCAUUUCCGCAAUCGAUGGCGAGCAUGUUUCUAUAGAGGUGCCAGCGCGCUCGGGUACCAUUUUUCAUAAUUAUAAAGGUCAUUUUAGCAUACUCCUCCUCGCAGUGUGUGAUGCCAGAUAUCGUUUCACUAUGGUGGACAUUGGCGAGUGUGGAUCGCGUGGUGAUGCAGGCCUAUUUGGUCAAUGCCAACUAGGAAAGGGUCUGAAAGCCGGACUGCUCAAUAUUCCUCCAGAUAGCAAGGUACCAGGUUCUUCAGUGAACAUGCCCCAUGUAUUUGUUGGUGAUGAGGCGUUUCCUUUAAUGGAAAACCUCAUGCGGCCGUACCCUGGUUCCAGCCUUGAUGCUGAUCGCAGGGUAUUCAACUACAGGUUGAACCGAGCUAGGCGUACCAUUGAAAACACCUUUGGCAUUCUUGCUAACAGAUGGAGAAUUCUCCGUCAGGAUAUCCGAGCGGCUGUAGACACUGUCGACCUCAAUGUGUGGGCUACAGUGCUUCUACACAACUAUCUCAGGAAUCUUGAUUUGGAAGGCCACGAUAGUUCGAAGUACUGUUCUGACAAUGAUGCCGAUGGAAUUGGUCCAAAUAGUCAAUUCGUUCCAGGCAGUUGGAGAUUAGACGCUUCGUGCACUGGACGCGUGCCCAGAGACGUGCGAUUCGCCGAUAGUCACAAUCAUACCACCCAAGUGAAAGCAGUGCGAGAAGCCUUCAAGCGUGCUUUCACUCUUAUGAGGGGCUUGUGCCGCGGCAAGAGAAAGUGCUGCAUGCAGGCUUGUGAAAGUGUGCAGCCUCCCCGCUGUGCUUUCAAUUGUUAAUGCUCAAGUGGUCCUUAAGGCAUCCCAGCUGUUUGUAGUAUUGUUACUUGCUGCUUCACAGUUAAACCUCCCAAAUUUACUUGCCCAUAAAUAACGCUGUAAGAACAACGGAGAGGAAGCUUUCCAGCACUUUCUGAUUGCCGUGGCACAG